AUGAAGAAGAUGAGGUCACAGACUACUUCGAAGAAGGAGGGUGAUAUCUCUUCGGUCUUUAGGUCACUAUCUGGCGGCGAUGAUGAGCCUCUGCCUCCGAGGUUCGCUGAAGUGAAGCGCAGUCUAGCCCAGAACAAGGAUGCUCUGCAUGCUAGCUGGAGUCGACUCUUAACUCAAUUGCGAGAGGAGACCGAGAUUGUCAAAGCAGAAGGCUCGGCCUGCAUACCUGAGAUCCAAUUCACGGGCCUCGACAACCCAUCAGCCGAGUUCGCCUCUGAGAUUCGGAAAAGAGGUAUUGCAGUAGUGCGCCAGGUCAUUCCCGAGAAAGAAGCCCGUGCCUACAAAGAGGAUGUAGAAGCUUACAUUGCCGCCAACCCAUCUACCAGAGCCUUUCCACCCCAUGAUCCACAAGUGUAUGAGCUGUACUGGUCCAGGCCGCAGCUUGCGGCCCGCAGCCAUCCCAAUAUGCUCAAGGCUCAGCAGUUUCUCAUGUCCUACUACCACUCUCGGGACCCUUUUGCCACUUGCUCCACCAACCAGCCCUUGACAUACGCCGAUCGACUACGCAUUCGAACACCUGGCGACGCUGGCUUUGCGCUGGGACCUCAUGUUGAUGGAGGAAGCGUCGAGCGCUGGGAAAAGGAGGGCUACGGCAAGGGCGGAGUGUAUGACAAGAUAUUUGAGGGUCGAUGGGAAGAGUUUGACCCUUGGGAGCUGAGCACCCGCUUGAAGGCCACCCAAGACCUCUACAAUGGCACCGGUGCCUGUUCCAUGUUCCGCAUGUUCCAGGCAUGGUUGAGCAUGUCACACACCGGCCCCAGGGAAGGAACGUUGCUUGUCAACCCCCUCCUUUCUCUAUCCACGGCCUAUUAUCUCCUCCGGCCUUUCUUCACUCCCAAGUCCGCUCCCAUCCUGUCCACGGACGAGAUGUUCCAGUCGGAUUACUUGGAGCCUGCUAAUUGGGUCUUGGAAGACGAGCCUAUUUCGUCGGCCUUGCACGGCGCUUGGCCCGGACACGGCCAAGAACUCAAGCCCGACUGGCACCCACACCUCAACCUCCCCCAUACCAUGGUUCACGUUCCUAAGAUUGCGCCUGGUGACUACGUGGCCUGGCACUGCGAUACGAUUCAUGCGGUGGAUAAGAUUCACGCUGGCAAGGGAGACUCGAGUGUGAUGUACAUACCUGCGUGCCCAACCACCGAGCUCAACAUCAAUUAUAUAAAACAACAGCGUCAGUCCUUCCUGGAAGGUGUCCCUCCUUCAGACUUCCCUGGUGGACAGGGCGAGAGCCAUCACGUCGGUCGUCCUGGUUUUAACGACUUCGAGGCUAUGGCCGGAACAGAUGGACUGCGUGCCAUGGGAUUUGCGCCGUUCGAUGUCGAGGCAGCUGGAAGUGAGGGUGAAGCAAAGGCUCUACAAUACGGAAAUGAGGUGUUGGGCAAUUAA